AUGGGCCCGAAAAGACUAUUGUGGGCCACGUCGAAAGUGGAGAGAAAGGUUAGGGCCGUGAGGGAGGACGGUAUUGUCCCGCUGAGAUUGUUGAACGAGAGAUCAAGAGUCUCGAGGCUCGUCAUCCGGGAUAGGCUACUCGGGAUUGGUCCCGACAAGUUAUUCCGCUUGAGGUCGAGAAUCUCCUUCAAAUUCCCGAAUUCGGGCCAAACGGGCCCAGUUAAGAAAUUGUUGCCCAACUCCAAUGUCGGGGGAAAACUCACGACUCGUCUGUAUUUAAGCCUCGUUUGGUUCCUCCUAACAAAUAAUGGGAAAUUGGGUAAGGAGGACUCAUCCAUGGAGAUGGAGAUGUUGUUGCCGCUGAUGAGGCUCUGCAUCUGUGUGAUCUCAAUCGGGAUAUUGCCUGUUAACGAAUUAUUUGAUAAAUCUAAAGACGACAUAUUUCCAAACCAGGAUGGAAUGGAACCUUCUAGACGGUUCCAGGACAAAUCCAGGAGCUGCAGGUUCUUGGACCUACUCAGCCACUGGGGAACACGGCCUGUGAGCCUACAGUUAGCGAUCACAAGUGUUCUCAGCCCGGAAAAAUCGAGGCCGAUAUUAUUCGGCAUCAUCUCGUCUCGAAAGUUCAAGGUCAAGACCAGAGUCGAGAGGUUCUUACAGUGCUGCAAAAUCUCGAGGGUUCGACUGAGGUUGGUGAGGCUCGAGUUAGAGAGGGACAGAUAUGAGAGGCUCUGGAAAUUCACAAAACUUUGGGGGACUUGCCCGGAAAAAGCGAGAUCGAGGGACACGAGAUUUACCAGCGCCGAGCAAUUGAGAUCGAUUGUGCCGCUCAAGGAGUUGUUCCGUAAAUUAAUGGACAUGAUUGUCGGCGAAUUUGAGAGCGUCGUUGGUAUUACCCCACUGAAAUUAUUCGACUGUGCCGAGAAAUAUCGCAACUGCGUCAAUCUGUUGAAAAUAUCCGGAAUGUUCCCCGACAGGCUGUUUGAGGAUAAAUCGAGGUGGACGAGGUUUGAGAGGUUACCGAUGAGGCCGCUCAGGUGGCCGGAGAAUUGA